AUUUGAACAUUUGACAUGGUGACCUGCGUCACGUGCUCCAAGGCCGUGUAUUACAACGACCCCCAGGUCCAGGGCAAGGCGUCGCAUCUGUAUCACAAGAGCUGCUUCAAGUGCUCCGAAUGUGCAUGUCAACUCACGCUGAAUACAUUUGCAUACCAUGGCGACACGUUGCUGUGCAAGACCCAUUACAUGACGUUCUUUCGAACGACCAACUCGUACGGCGGCGAAGACAAGUUCAAGAAGCAAAAGGAUGACGUUGUAUCCGCCGCUGUGGUCAAGGAAAUCGCCACAGCGGCGUCGAUAGCAUCGGCCGCACCAGUCGAUGCCGUUGCAGCUAGUGGCCCACCGGCACCGCUGGAGUUGACCCCUUUGGACAUCAACGACAAACCCUCAAAGGUGUCUCCGCUGCGCGACUCGCUGUCGUCCAACCCGUUCUUGCGCAGUGACUCGGACAGAAACGUUCGAUCGAGCUCGGACGCGCCAUCCCUCGAAGCGGCCAAGCGCAUCAGCCCCAACAACGGCGUGACCAAGGUGAAGCGGGUGUUUGGUGGCAGCCCCAAGUGUGCACUGUGUACCAAGAGCGUGUACGCGAAUGACCUGAAGACGCAGCUCGAAGGCAAGAUCUUCCACCAAGAGUGCUUUAAAUGCGCCACCUGUUCGACACAGCUGAACCUGAACAACUUUACAUUUGCGGGCGACCAGCUCCUCUGCAAAGUGCACUACAUGGAAACGUUCCACAAGAACAACGGGUACGCCGGCGGCGAACAGUUCAAGCAGAAAUAGAUGUUGUACCUACGAAUAUUAUGAAUGUCAAGCAAUUUAUACCGUU